AAAAAUCAUGUAUUUCAUGUCGCCAUAAUCCUCUCUCUCGUUCCCGUUGGCAAGUUAUCACCGUCUGGACUGGGACUAAAGCACUUCCCCAACACUCCCCCACCAUGUUCAACCAAGCUGGCUGACUCUCGGAGCUGUCGUCUCUUCGCAGCCAAGUCACCCACUCUCGCUUCCAACUCCAUCCGCCGCUAGCUCUUGGAAUUUGACUGUUAGUGUCGUUCACUGGAUUUAUGGAAAGCCCUUCGCGACCUCAGCAAUCUCCAAACCCUAGGGUUUCCGAGGAAAUGGAGGACCCGUCCUCCGAUCUCUGGGACUUCAGUGAACUCCUGGAUUUCACUGUAGACGAGCACUUCUCCGUCUCCCUUGACCCCGAUGAUAUUCAUCCACACCCCAUCCCGCAGGAGGAUCCCGCUGCUCCCACUUCUAACCGCCGAAAGCGUGAUCCCAGGCUCAUCUGUUCCAAUUUCUUGGCGGGUCGGAUCCCCUGCGCCUGCCCCGAGUUGGAUGAAAAGAUGGAGAUGGAGAUGGAGGUUGACGUCCAUGGGAAGAAGCGGGCCCGGAGUGUUCGGACGUCUACCCGCAGGCCUCGGGCCGCCGCGCGUUGCCAGGUUCCCGGGUGCGAGACUGAUAUCAGCGAGCUUAAAGGGUAUCACCGCAGGCAUAGGGUUUGUCUGCGGUGCGCGCAUGCGACCACGGUUGUGCUUGAUGGAGUGGCUAAGAGAUAUUGCCAGCAGUGUGGCAAGUUUCACAUCUUAUCAGAUUUUGACGAAGGUAAACGUAGUUGUCGAAGAAAAUUAGAACGCCACAAUGUUAGACGGCGAAGGAAGCCAAGUGAUUCUAGAGUUGCAGCGUAUAGUGAGCCUAAAGGGGCCAUGCAGACUGAGAAUGUCCCUUGUGAUGGUGAAGCAGAAAAAGAUGGUUUAUGCUCGAGCAGCCCAAUGGCUGAAAUGGAAGCAGUCUUGGAGUCUGAAGAUGUACGAGUUACCACUCUCUGCUCAGAUCUUAAUUCCCAGAACAUGUAUUGUGAUACUGUUGCAUCUUUUGUGGCUUCUGGUGAAACCCAGAUGCAUGGAGAAAAUGAUAAUACCAAAUGUUCUCUAUCUCCAUUGUACUGUGACAAUAAGACUGAUUACUCAUCUGUGUGUCCGACAGGUCGGAUCUCGUUUAAGCUUUAUGAUUGGAACCCAGCAGAAUUCCCUAGAAGACUGCGGCACCAAAUAUUCCAGUGGUUAUCCAGUAUGCCGGUUGAGUUGGAGGGGUAUAUUCGCCCUGGAUGUACAAUAUUAACUGUGUUCAUUGCGAUGCCAAUGUUUAUGUGGACGAAGUUAUCUGAAGAUCCUCUAUCAUAUCUCCAUGACUUUGUCAUCUCCCCUGGAAGGAUGUUAUCUGGAAGAGGCACCAUACUUGUUUUUAUCAAUGACAUGAUUUUCCGGGUUAUGAAAGGGGGAACUUCUGUGAUGAAAGUCAAGGUGGAAGUGCGAGCCCCGAGACUUCACUAUGUUCAUCCUAUAUGUUUUGAGGCUGGAAAACCCCUGGAGUUUGUUGCUUGUGGAAGUAAUUUGCUACAAUCUAAACUUCGGUUUCUUGUAUCUUUUGCAGGAAAGUAUCUUGCACUUGAUUAUUGUGUUUCAUCUCUACAUGGUCAGACCGAGGGUGAUACUGCUUCUAGCUGCAACCAUCAGUUGUACAAGAUAUUUAUUCCACAGACUGAAAAAUAUCUCUUUGGUCCUGCCUUUGUGGAGGUCGAGAAUGAAUCUGGCUUAUCAAACUUCAUUCCAAUACUCAUUGGAGACAAAGAAAUUUGCAAUGAAGUGGAGAUGUUACAGCAGAAGGUUGAUGCUUCUCUUUUCCUGAAAGGAUCAGACUUUGCGGCUAUUGUUCCUCCAUCUGACGCGUGUGAAGUUUUUGCAUUGAGACAGUCAACAUUUGAUGAGUUUCUUUUAGAUAUAGCGUGGUUACUUAAGCAACCUGCAUUGGAAAAUUUUCAACAUUCUAUCACUGCUACUUGGAUUCAAAGACUUAAUAAUCUAUUGAGCUUUCUGAUAUCUAACGAUUCCACUACAAUUUUAGAGAAACUGUUGGAGAAACUGAAGAUUGUUCUGAGUAACAUGAAAUCUGACAGCAUGGUUAAUGGCAACUGUGCUGCUGAUUUGGGUUUACUAGAAAAAUACAUAGACAAUGCGAGAGAUAAUCUUCACAGAAAAUAUAAGAAAAGUGGAAGUUUAGUGCUGCAAUCAGAAUAUGUGCCAGAAGGGGAAUAUGUUUCUCAAAGCCCCUCCAAAGAUAAUGAGCUCUUUGUCUCAGUCAACAGCCAGGAUACAGAGUUGGUAGCAAAUGCAAGGUUGGGAGUACAGACAUGCUCAACUUCUAGUAGAAGUAGAAAUGUUCCCCUGUUGAAUAGAGAGGUAGUCAUGAAAGUUAACCAUAUCAAGGGAUGGCCUAGAAAGUCGUGUGGUCGCAUCGGUUCUGGGGCAAUCUUCAGCUCUCGCCCUGGUAUUUUUGUAAUUUCCUUUGGCGCUGUUUGUUUAGGGAUAUGUGCCAUUCUCCUUCAUCCUCACAAGGCUGGAGAAUUUGCAGUAUCUAUCCGCAGGUGUUUGUUCAACAGAAUCUAGACAAGUAAUGAAAGUUGGAGGUCUCUGAGCUGAAAAAAUGCUGUUGUUCAUCUGUAAGUAUCCAUUGUAUACUAACACCAGAUUCAGAAAAGCUAUUUAAACCUUUGGCUUCUGACUCUGCUUUUUGCAUGGGAAGCUUGAUAUCAGAGUGCUAAUUGCCUCUGCAGCUUCGGUUAAAUGCUUUCAUGUGCAAGGGUUGAUUAAGGGUGGGGACAGUAGGGUCGACUAUCCCCAUUGAAAGUCAAAUAAGUUUGGGAAUAAUGUAACAUGUAUUUACUAGUUCUGAAAACUUUUUAGAUUUUUUUUUGCUGCAAUUUUGAAUAGUUCUGGGUAUCAGUUCAAUAUUCUGAUGUAUUUCUAAUGUUCAAAGUUGUUCCCAAUA